GUCCGAAUCCUUAUUUAGGAGUACUUAUCCACGUCAUCGAUCCGCGUGAUGAUGGAUAGAACACUGUUGUUACCGUUGGAUUAGUAACCAGAGUCGUAUUCCCCAACCGUUUGAUCAACACUCUCAUCAUCUUCCUUUUAUUUAUUUUAUUUUAUUUUUUCGAUCCGAUCCACAACGAAACCCCAUUUUAAAAACCUUCACAACUUUACCUAUUGUCUCUCCAAAACCACCAUUUUCUCUCUCUAUCAUUUCACUUAACUUUCUCUCUCUAGAAUUUUCUCACUGAAAAAAGGAAAACAAUACUCAUUUUCUCGAGAAACAAACAACAGUCAUGGCAACUGAAAACUCAAAUAACCCUCCUCAACCUCCGCCACAAUCACCAUCUCCUCUUCCACAGUACUCAGAGAUGAUAAUUGCAGCGAUCGAGGUUUUGAACGAAGCCAAUGGCUCAAACAAAUCAGCUAUCUCAAAACAAAUCGAAUCAACUUACGGCAAUUUACCAUCAGCUCACACUACUCUCUUAGCUCAUCAUCUGAACCGCAUGAGACAAAGUGGCGAACUCGUUCUGAUCAAGAACAACUACAUGAAACCUGAUCCAAACGCGCCACCAAAGAGAGGCAGAGGCCGUCCACCCAAGCCAAAAACACCUCUACCACCUGGAUCCGUGGUUUCACCACCAAGACCACGAGGAAGACCACCAAAACCUAGAGAUCCUUUCGCUCCACCAUCAACACCGAAGGCAAAGACUCCUAGCUCAGGCAGACCACGAGGAAGACCACCAAAGAAAGCCAAAACAUCUCCGAUUCUGAACACUGGCGUGGCCGUCGGCGGUGAGUCGAGAGGUAGGGGAAGACCUCCGAAGGUGAAGCCAGCUGUUGCAGCCGUUGGUUGUUGAGCUUAGAGAAAAAUUUAGAGUAAAGAUGAGUGAAGAAGAGAAGAAGAGACUGAUUUGUUAGGCUAUAAUUUAGUUUUAUUAUGCUAAUUUUUAUUUUUAUGUUUUUUUUUUUAAUUUUUAGUUUUUGUCUCAUCCUUAUCCUUAUCUUUUUUUUUUUUAUUUUAAUUUUAAUUAAUUUGGAAAUUAAUAUAAAUUAGUGGUGUUAUGUGUAUUAGGUGGGUGGGUGGUGAGUGUUUUGUGUUGUUGGGUUUGGAGGGUUUUGUUAUUCUGUGACUUUGUAAUUGUGAUGUAAAUUGUUUCAGCUUUGGCUCUUUAGGCUUUUGCUUUUUCUUCUCAUUCUCACCAAUUAUUCCAAAAAUUUACAAAUUCAGACUA